GCUCGUCUCUCCACCCCGUCCUCGACGACCAACCUACCUAAUCUCUCGUUUUACACAGAUACAGGGCUGUCUGUCCACCUGGCGUAUUUUCCAGCCGUUUUUCUCGUCGUGCAAUUUUCCUCCGCCUCAUCUGGAAAAUCCCGAGGAGGAAACUGGCCGCGGAUUUUCACACCGGCUGCAGUUUUUUUUUUCUUUUUUCUCGAACGAAAAUACGAAAAAAGUAAGCCGAGGAGGAAACACAAAAAAAACCGGAGACACCACGCUGCUUUUUCAGUCCAUUUCCCAAAAACACCUCCAAAAACUUGGAAAACUCCUCGGUAAUUUAACUUACACAUGGCAGACGCUCAGUCGACCAGUUCCGCUGAGGUCGAGGGAUACGUCUGGUCGCCAUCUGGUUCCGGACAACAUACACUCCGCUUUGCUCCUGUUCCGGAACCGGGGACGGCGUCGCAGGGUGCGGUGAAUGAUAAGUCCUCGAGAUGGUCUGCGCGUGACGACUGUGUACUAUGCGACGCCCUCAUCGAACAAAUGUUACUCGGUAGGAAGAAUCGGGAUACUGCUGUCUUCACGCUCGAGGCAUGGAACGCCGUCGCGGAUAGGUUGAGGGGUAGUGAAGCUCAUAGUGGUGGUUCAGAGAAGACGGUGACGCAGUGUAAGGCACGCUGGCAGCGGCUGAAAAUCGAAUAUCGCACCGUUAAGCACAUCCGACAACAACCCGGAUUUAGUUGGGAUGAAAAUACUUCGAUGUUGACUGCCCUUGCGGCAACCUGGGACGCUUAUAUUGCUGGGCAUCGUGAUGCGCAACCCUGGCGAAAGAAGGGCUUUCCCGCAUACAAUAGGGUGGCAUACCUCAUUGAGGACGAGCAUGGCCAGGAUGCAGGCGAAGAGAAGUUCAUGCGUCGCUGGAACAAUUCUGCACAGACUAGCCCGCAGCCGCAACAACAGCAACAAGAAUCAUCAAUUUCAACUCCCGUUCCGACUCCAGCUCCUGCGCCUACAGUUCUAGCACCGGUUCCAGCACCGACGAUUUCAGCGCCUCUGACUUCAGCACCGCCAGUUUCAGCACCGUCGGCACCACCACCGCAACAACAACCUCAGCAGUCCCAGCUCCAGCAGCAACAACAACAGAAGCCUCAAACUCUUACAACAUCCGAUAUAGUUCUCCCACCCUCAAGCACUAGCGUAUUCUCAAUUAAUGGCGAUAACAGGAGAGUAAAUGCGCGUCCUCCACCAUUCACGACAGUCCCAAUUAACGGAGCGCGCGCUGAUCCUCCUGCCUUUCAGACAUACAAAUUCGCUACCCAGACAAACGGAAAACGCGGCCAAUCACCCGUUACCGACGUCUCCAUCUCAAAACGUCCCAAAUCCGCUGCAAGUAGUACGACAGUAGUCACUUCCCCGCAACCGCAAUACGAUUCCUACCCAGGAUAUCCUCCUCCCCCUCCUCCAGGGUCCGCGCCCGGCCAUCCUUACCCCCCUCCCGCUCAUGGUCAUGGUCACGUUUUCUACGGACCUCCACCUCCACAUCACGCCCACGCACAAGCACAAGCACCUCACCAACCUCAUGCACCUCAUACACCUCAAGCAAAUUCUCCGAUACCGGUACAACCCACUCGUUUAGCCAUAGCGAUCCAAUGCGUCGAAACCUCCGAAGGACUUCCAGAUACAGACUUUGUCAAGGCUGUACAGCUGUUUCAGAGACGAAACGAAGCUGCUGAUGCGUACCUUGCGAUUCAGAAUAAACGUGCGAGGUCUCUGUAUUUGAGAGCUGAGCUUGAUGAUUUUGGGAGUUCGUAG